GCAAACCGAAGGAUGAUCUUAGGAAGGAUUCACGUAUGAUGGAGUUCAAUGCCGUGAUCAACCGUCUCCUCUCCAAAGUUCCUGAGAGCCGCAGGAGAAAGCUUUAUAUCAGAACCUUUGCAGUGGUUCCACUUACAGAAGAUUGUGGACUAGUAGAAUGGGUGCCCAACACGCGUGGUCUUCGGCAUAUUCUUCAGGACAUAUACAUAACUUGCGGGAAGUGCGAUAGGAUGAAAACAACCUCGCAAAUCAAGAGGCUAUAUGAUGAAUGCCAUGCUAGCAAAAUGGCUGAAGGCGUGAUGCUGAAAACAAAAAUUCUUCCACUGUUCCCCCCAGUUUUCCACAAGUGGUUCUUGAUGACAUUCUCUGAACCAGCUGCAUGGUUUCGUGCCAGAUUAGCAUAUGCACAUACUGCUGCAGUCUGGUCGAUGGUUGGGCACAUUGUUGGGCUUGGUGACAGGCACGGUGAAAACAUCCUUAUUGAUGCGACAACCGGGGACUGUGUGCAUGUCGAUUUCAGCUGCCUGUUUGAUAAGGGUUUGCAGCUUGAGAAGCCAGAGGUGGUGCCAUUUAGGCUUACGCAGAACAUGAUCGACGGCUUGGGCAUCACCGGAUACUGAGGCGUCUUUCUGAAGGUCUGCGAAAUCACUCUGUCGGUU